GCUGCCGUUCACCAGGAACUGUGCAGACACUCACGGGGAGUCAGGGACAGCAGCCCCUCGCACUGGGAUCCAGAGCCACUGCAAAAGAGAGUGAAACUCUUCUAAACCAAGACAAUGGCAGACAAAAUUAAAGAUGCUAAGAUCAUCUUUGUUGUGGGUGGCCCCGGCUCUGGAAAGGGCACCCAGUGUGAGAAGAUGGUGGCAAAGUACGGCUACACCCACCUGUCGUCUGGAGACCUGCUCCGUGCAGAGGUGUCGUCUGGGUCUGAGAGGGGAAAGCAGCUCCAGGCCAUCAUGCAGAAGGGAGAGCUCGUGCCCCUGGACACAGUCUUGGACAUGAUUAAAGACGCCAUGAUUGCUAAGGCUGAUGUCUCUAAGGGCUUCCUUAUUGAUGGGUAUCCCCGUGAGGUGAAACAGGGCGAGGAGUUUGAGAAGAAGAUCGGUAAACCCUGCCUGCUGCUGUAUGUGGAUGCUAAAGGUGAGACCAUGGUCAAGAGGCUGUUGAAGCGCGGUGAGACCAGCGGCCGUUCUGAUGACAACGAGGAGACCAUCAAGAAGCGCCUGGACCUGUACUACAAAGCAACUGAGCCAGUUAUUGCCUUCUAUGAAAGCAGAGGCAUUGUGAGGAAGGUUAACUCCGAGCUACCGGUCGAUGAAGUCUUCGCUGAAGUCUCCAAGGCUAUUGAUGCACUGUAGUAAAACAACAUAACUGGAGAAAA